AAGAAAGGGAGGGAGAGCGAGAGAGAGGGAGCAAGGGACCAGCACGUACUAUUGGGUCGCAAUCGAGAAUUUCCCCAAGUUUGUGGGAAGAACUAGUUUGGAUUGGCUCCCUCAAGUGGUGUCGUAGGCCCUGUCUCUUUUGCAAGUUUUCGUCGGCUGGAGUGCAAAUGAUAGCCAGGUUUUCUCGUAAGCCUGCCAGGUGUUUGAUGCUUUGCAACUGUUCUUUUUAAUCUGAUAUCUCUUGGGGAAUAUAAAGGGAUCCCAUAUUCUUUAUGUUAGAAGCUUUAAAAUUUCCAACUUGAUACGAAUUUUUCCCUAUAAUGAGAACAAAAAUUAGUUUUUUGGAGGGUGGAAGCUGGGCUGGGUCAUAAUCUUGGCGACAAGAUGACAUCUUUCCCGAUAUUUGAAGCUAUGGAAGGUUUAUUUUGGUGAUAGAUGGACGUUUUGCUUCGUUUUGGAGCAUAUUAGUAUGUUCCUUACCUUUCUUUGAAAUCACAAUAGUCUGGUGUAGGAAGCUCGAAUCCAUUCAACCUGCAGUUGAGAAUUGGAAGUGCUUCAGCUGUUGUUCCAAUACUUUGUGUAACAUUGUAGAGGCUGAUAUAGUUUUCUUUUGGUGGGUAGAAGCUGAUAUUUUGGAGGGCAGAAGCUGAUGUAGUUUCCCUUUUUAAUUUAUGGUUUUGUUUGGGAAUAGAGAUGCUGCAAAAUGUUUAGUCUCUUUCUGAGUGCCCUUUGGUAGAUAUAUCCUUUUGGGCAUUAUCUCGUUCACUUCAUAAACAUCAUGAUGUUGUUGCGUGGUUGCCCUGAAACCUGCAUAACAUCUUAUGGCUCUCCUUUAGAAAGCAGUUCAUUCAAAAGAAAAAGAUCCCAGGUACCAUUUUACUACCAUCAACUGAAUUUUCUAUUGGGCAAAGAGAGAAUCUGCCGAAAUCUCCUUAUAGUGGAUGGAUCAGUGUUGUCUAUGGUGGCCAAAAGUGGUAGAUGGGAUGGAUCCAAGCCUCUGGAGAUGUCAGGAAUUAGUUAUCUUCUCUUCUCUAGAAGAAGGGAUAAUCUGGUGACUUUUUCCAGUUUUAAAGCUGGACUUGUUUAUGAGAAAGAAGCCAGCAUGUCUCCAUGGAAUCAGGAAAACCAGUUCAUCGCUGAUAAUAAUGAAGACAUGCAGCCACCUUUUGUGACUCCAGUGGUUCCAGAGGAGCUUAUCAUUGAGCCAAGAAGUGGGCCAUCUUCCACUAACUCAGCAAGGGAACACCAUCUUUCUGAAGUGAAAUUGCACUAUUUAGAAGAAAGGGAUGAAGAGACAUUAUCAAAAAGGAUUUUGAGCCUUAGCAGAUCUAAUAAAGGCAGAAGUGCCUUGGAAUUAUAUACGUCAAUGGAAGUCUCUGGCCUUCAACCGAAUGCACAUGCUUGCAACUCUCUUCUCUCUUGUCUUCUGAGAAAUGGAUCACUUAGGGAUGCAUUGAGGGUUUUUGAGACGUUAAGAAAGAAAGAAAUUGCUACAGGCCAUACAUAUAGCUUGAUACUCAAGGCUGUUGCCAGUGUUCAAGGUUGCGAUUCUGCCUUGGAAAUGUUUGAUGCAUUGGAAGAAGAAGGCAUAUCAAAGAAAAAGUUUGAUGCUAUUGUUUAUAAUACAAUGAUAUCGGUAUGUGGAAAAGCAAAGAAGUGGGUUGAGACAGAGAGAAUGUGGAGAAAACUCAGGCAGAAUGCUUUUAGAGGGACAAAAAUUACGUAUGACCUGCUUAUCAGCACUUUUGUGCAGUGUGGUCAGACAGAACUAGCAGUUGAUGCUUACCAUGAAAUGAUUCAAAAUGGACUGGAACCAAAUGAGGAUAUUAUGAAAGCAAUAAUUGCUUCUUGCACUAAGGAAGGGAACUGGGCAUUGGCUCUGAACAUUUUUCGAAAAAUGUUGAAUGAUGGAAUCAAGCCAAAUAUCAUUACCUUCAACUCAAUGAUCAACUGCCUUGCAAAGGCUGGGGAAGGAGACCUUGCAUUUAGUAUUUAUGAUAUGAUGAAGUCGUCGGGGCACACACCUGAUACAUAUACAUGGAGUGCAUUGCUCUGUGCCUUAUACAGAUCUAACAGAUAUGCCGAUGCCCUACAACUUUUUGAGGGAAUUAAAACAGAACAGCAUUCUCAGCUAAAUGCUCAAAUAUACAACAGUGCUUUAAUGUCUUGUCAAAGGCUUGGUUUAUGGGAGCGUUCAUUACAGCUUUUAUGGCAGAUGGAAAUAAGUGGAAUGCAAAUGUCAACUGUAUCUUAUAAUCAUGCAAUCGGUGCUUGUGAGGUUGCGAGGGAGCCACAUGUUGCCUUGCAAGUCUACCAGCAUAUGGUUCACAGAAAGUGUGCACCAGAUACAUUCACAUACCUAUCAUUGAUAAGGACUUGUGUUUGGGGAUCUCUUUGGACCGAAGUGGAGGAAAUCCUGGAGCAUGUUGAACCAAAUUCUUCCCUCUACAAUGCACUUAUUCAUGGAUUUUGUUUACGAGGCAAGAUCACCUUAGCAAAGAAGUUGUAUAUGAAGAUGCGCAGUAUUGGCCUUAAACCAGAUGGCAGAACAAGAGCCUUGAUGCUUCAGCACCUGCCAAAUAAUAGAGAUGGGUAGCAUGUAUGGGACACGAUGAAACACCUGCAGGAGUAGAACAACUGUACUUCCUUUGGGGUACCUUUGUCGGCAAUGUGUAAACCUUCUAUCUGGGCUCUAUGGUACCGCACAAAAACUGGAUGACAGGGUGACAAAUGGCCACUGUUGGUACAGCUUUCUUGGACAGCGAAGAACAAGGAAUGCAGCUAGCUUUUUCCCAUAGAUGCGUUACAAGAGGAAGAGACCUUUGCUUCAUAGAUAGUAAAAGGACCGCAUCACGGAGUUCGUCAACAAACUAUGCAUUUUGAUGGCGAAAGCAGCCUAUUCCCAUGGUUGAGGGCAACAACUUCAAGAACCGGUAGAGCAUCUAAUAGGUCUUCAUGGCACUUGUGAAGCAAACAGGUAUUUAAUAACUAGAAAAAAACACAGUAUCAGAACCCAGGAGUGUGGGGCUUCAGGCCACAUCCAUAAGCACUGUAGUACUGUGAACAAGAAAGGGGAGUAGCAUCGGACUUUUACUGCCAAGGGGUGAAGCUUAUGAAGCAUCGAGUAAGGAAGAGUGCUUGCUAAGGUGGAGCAUUGCACAUGUAUAGCAAGUAUUUGAGAGCCAAGCUUCAAAAAGUACGGUAUAAAAUUGAUUUUCUUAGCAUGACAGCUAUUUUAUAGCUUGUAACAUCUUGUAUGUAUUAAUUUUGUGUGUUGUAAAUAUACUUUAAGACCAUUACUGAGAUGGGGCAUAUGAUUGUGGUGCAGUAGAUUGGAUGCCUGGAUUGGAUAGGAAAGCAUCAAUCUGAAGCAUCCAGACAGCUCUUAAUCAAACUUCUGUUCGCUAUUUUCCAGCCUUUCUAUUUGUUUCUAAUAAUUAUCGCAGCCUGAGGAACUCAGUUGAGGCA